AUGUGGGAGGAUUCUAGAAUGUUGAUACUUUUUUUGAUCUUCUCAUUAGUCGUCUGCUGUACAUGUUCAGAAUUUAAUGUUUUUAAAGAAAAAGAAUGUAGCAAAUACGAAUUCAACUGCGGGAACGGUACUUGUAUCAAUAAGACAAGACUUUGUGACGGCAUUGAUGACUGUAGGGACAAUGGCGCUGACGAAGACGACUGUGAUACUGGCAAAAAGCCUUGCCUGGCGCCAGAAUACUUUGAAUGCGAUAGCAAGAAAAAAUGCAUUCCUAAGGAAUUUGUGUGUGAUAAGUCGGACGAUUGCAUCGACAAGUCUGACGAAAGUCAUUGUAAAGAGACGUCAUCGUCCCUGACGCAGUCAUGUCGGGAAGGAAAAUUCAAAUGCUCCGAUGGCACUUGCAUUCCAAUGGCUUGGCACUGUGACACGGAGAUUGAUUGCCACGACGGUAGCGACGAAGACGGGGAAAAAUGUAGAUACACGGCAUUGUGUAUCUCUGGUUAUCUGUGCAAAAAUUUCAAUUGCGUUUCAAAGGCGUGGAGAUGUGACGGAAAAGACGACUGCGGAGAUGGUUCAGACGAAACCCAUUGCGAUAUCCAACUGGUUGAGCCAGAAAAAUGUUUAAUUGAAAAUCGUAAAUUUCUAUGUCACGAUCAUAAAAAAUGUAUCGAUGUCAAAAAUGUCUGCGAUUACAACAAUGACUGUCUGGAUGCAUCGGACGAAGGCGGUCUUUGCAAUAAUAAAACUGAUAUCAAAAGUGAAUGUAAUUCAAUGAAUUGUUCUGCCGCAUUUGAAUGUUUGAGAAAGCCGCAUGGCGUCAUGUGUGUGUGCCCAAAAGGAAUGCAUUAUUUAAAUAAUAAAUGUUCUGAUAUCAACGAAUGUGAACAAUAUGGCAUUUGUGAUCAAGUGUGUCUGAAUUCGGAAGGUUCAUAUACGUGCUCCUGUGAUCCACAUUAUGAACUAGUAGAUAAUCAUAAGUGUAAAAUAAAAGGCCCAAAUCCGGAAUUAUUAUAUUCAUCACUACGGCAAAUAAAAGUUUUUAACUUGGAAUUACUUCGUAGUUAUACUUUGAUUGAUGAUUUGCAACAUGUCACUGGAUUAGCUGUUGAUGAAUUAACUUUAUAUUGGACACUUUAUUUGGAUGGGAACUCAGCUAUUGUAAGAGCAAACAAGUCUGAGCCUAAACCAGAAAUUAUUGUCGACUCGGGUCUUGGAUCGCCUGAGAAUCUAGUUAUAGAUAUUAUUACACAUAAUUUGUACUUCACCGAUGCCAAAAUGAAACAUAUCGGAGUGUGCAAUAAUGAUGGUUCAGUAUGUACAGUUCUUCAUAAUAAAAACAUAGACAAACCAAGAGCAGUAGCUGUUUCACCACAAGAUGGUCUCAUGUACUGGACAGAUUGGGGUAAAAAUCCAAUGAUUGGCCGUUCUGGUAUGGACGGGUCAAGACCACAACCGUUUGUUACACAAAAUAUACACUGGCCAAAUGGUGUUCAUGUUGAUUAUGUCGGGAAAAGAAUUUACUGGGUGGACGCUAAGAUGCAAUUUAUUGAAUCCAUUAAUUUAGAUGCAACUGAUCGAAGGGUAGUUGUAACAGAAUAUGUAGACCAUCCAUAUUCGGUUACUGUGUUCGAGGAUAAAUUGUACUGGAGUGAUUGGUCAAGUAAAGAAAUAAAAGUAUGCAACAAGUUUACGGGUAAAGAUAGCAAGACAUUGAUACGUGAAAAUAAGAACAGAGUGUAUGGUAUGCAAAUCAACCAUCCUUCGCUCUUUGAGUCUCAAAUGCCAAAUCCCUGUGAACAAGGAAAGUGCAGUGAUAUAUGCUUAUUAGCACCGAAGACAGAAAUCAAUUCUAAAGGAUACUCGUGCGCUUGCCCCGACGAUAAAAAACUAUCAGAAGAUGGAAUCUUUUGUAUCACCAUUGCCAUUCCUCCUACACUCAUUGUGGGUACACCAACAAGUAUUAUAGAAAUUGAGCAAGAACAUUUAGGCCGCCAAAAAGCAAAGAAAAUAUCAUUGAAAAAUGAUUUAUCUAGCAUAUCCGCAUUGACUUAUAAUUCAUUAUCUGGUGACAUCAUCAUCUAUGACUCAAGGUCUAAGAAACUAUUCACCUUCGAUUUUGUUAAGAUGAAAUUAUCAGAUCUAGAUGUACCAGAAAUUAGUUCCAUUUAUUCCCUUGAAUUUGACAAUCAUGGAAACAACUUAUACUGGUGUGAUAGGACUAGAAAAACAUUAGAUGUGUUAAGUCUCUCUACAAAAACACACACCACGAUUUUCAAAGAAAUUGAAGGUCAUAUCCCAUUUGCCGUUACUUUAGUUCCAGAUAAAAGCUUUAUGUUUGUAGCUAUGAAAGAAGAUUUACAUAUACAUAUUGAUCGAAUUGACAUGGAUGGAAGUAUUCAGUCUCUAGUACAUAUGGUGGAGUAUGGAUUGACAGGAGAUGAAAUUGCUUUACAUUUUGAUAUGAUUACAAGACUGUUGUAUUUUACUGACUAUAAAAAUGGCAUUAUUGAUAGUGUCAGCGAAGAUGGAACGGAUAGAAGAAUUAUAAAAAAAGCAGGAUUUGUAAGAGAUAUUGUUUCAAUUGGUUAUGACAUUGUUUGGGUAUCUGAGGGUUCGAAAAUUUUAAACUGGAUUGAUAAUGUUGAUGAAGACCGAGCAUCUAGAGCUCUUGAUAUAGAUAAUUGGAAAACUGAUUCAAAUUUAUAUUUAACCGUAGCAAAUGGAAUUAGCAAAAAUAUCCAACACCCAUGUCAACAAAAUAACGGUGGUUGUAGUCAUAUAUGCCUUUUAUCUGAGAAAGGAAAGGUUUGUGGUUGUCCACCUGGAUUAGUUUUAUCAAACAAUAGCCUAAAUUGUACAUCACUAGGAGAGUGUAAAUCUGAUGAAUAUCGUUGUUAUACUGGUGAAUGUAUUUCAUCUCAUUCCCGAUGUGAUUUUAAAAAAGAUUGUCCCCGUGGUGACGAUGAAGACGCUGUUAAAUGUUUGCAUUAUACACCAAACUCAUGUCCACAAUCUCAAUUUUUAUGUCAUGAUAAAACAAAGUGCUUGGAUAAAAAACAUAUGUGUGAUAGUGUUAAAGACUGUAGUGAUGGUUCAGAUGAAAUGGAUUGCUUCCACAAGCACACUUGUGAUUCAACUACAGAAUAUCAUUGUACAUCUGGAGAGUGUAUACAGCGCAUAUUUUUAUGUGAUGGUAAUCCUGACUGUAUUAAUGGACAAGAUGAGUUAAAUUGUCUGAGCCAAAGUUGUAAUAAUAUUACAGAAUUUAGAUGUAAUUCUGGAAACUGUAUACCUGUAACAUGGGAAUGCGAUGGCGAGGUUGAUUGUUUUGAUGGUUCGGAUGAACACAAUUCAUGUGCUACCAAAAAAUGUAAAGAUGAUCAAUUUUCUUGCACUAAUGGCCGAUGUAUAUCACAUAAAUUCACUUGUAAUGGUAAAGAUGAUUGUGGUGAUAGUUCCGAUGAAAAUGGUUGUUUGUCAAAUCAUGCAUACAUGGCAAAAAGAGUUUCAAAAGUGUGUAAUGAAAAAACAGAAUUUGAAUGUGAAAACACAAUGGGACAUUGCAUAUCGAUCAAGGCUAGGUGCAACGGCACAUCCGAGUGCAGACAUUUAGAGGAUGAAUUGAAUUGUGGAUGUCAAAAAUCUCAUUUUUUCGAAUGUCAGAAUAAGCGUUGUGUGUUGAAAGAUUGGUUAUGUGAUAAACAUGAUGAUUGUGGCGAUGGGUCUGAUGAAAGUCAAAAGGCGUGUGAUAUGCUUUCUGAACAUUUAUCGAAUUCAGUCGUUUCAUCAAAAGACUGUGAUGGAUAUUCAUGUAAGAACCAAGAAUGUAUACCUCUAGAUCAAGCUUGUAAUAAGAAAAUCAAUUGUAAAGAUGGUUCAGACGAAGGAGAUCUUUGUGGUUUAUCUUGUAUACACAUGGAUUGUUGUCAUACUUGUCAAGAAACUCCAAAAGGUGGGAAAUGUACAUGCUAUCAUGGCUAUAAACUUGCACAAGAUGGUAUAACUUGCAGAGAUAUUGAUGAAUGUGAAGACAACAAUUUAUGUACUCAAUAUUGUACAAAUUCAGAUGGUUCAUAUAGCUGUAGUUGUUUAAAUACCGAUUACAUUUUGCGUGCAGAUAAAAGUUCCUGUAAAGCAAUUGGACCCACAAUGGAUUUAGUUUAUUCGAGUGUUGAUGAAAUUAGAAGUACUUCAGGAGAUAUUAAAGAAUCAAAAUUACUUUUUUCGGUGCCAGGAAUGACAAUAUCGAGCCUUGAUAUAGAUAUUAGAAGAAAUCUUAUUUAUUGGACAUCAAAACAAGCUGGCGUCCUUGUUUGUAUGGAUAUGCAACAACAGCAUAAAGUUUACAUGACAGAUUUGUUACACCCAACUUUAGUUCGUAUUGAUUGGUUAACAGAAAACGUUUACUUUGUACAAAAUUUUAAAGACAUUGUUGUGUGUUAUUUAAAUGCUAAACGUUGCGCCACUAUAUACAGUGGAAACAUCCAUACAACAAUUAUGGCUUUUGAAAUUGAUCCUCGUUCCGGAGUGAUGUUCUGGUCGGAAACCAUAUGGGCAGUAUUUUCAACACCAACAACUGUUAUUAGGAAAUCUGAUUGCAGUGGAUACAAUGUAAAAACUAUAAUCCAUCAAGGGUUACAGUAUGUUACUGAUUUAGCUAUAGAUCCAAUCAAACAUAUGGUCUAUUGGGUCGAUCAAGUUAAUUCAACAAUCGAGAGGGCUAAUUACGACGGAACUAAAAUAACUGUGUUGGUCAAUUCGAUAGAACAUUUGCCAGAGAAAAUAUCAUUGCACGAAGACAAACUGUUUUGGACCAACCAUGAAACCGGGUCGUCUAUAUUUAAAUGUAAAGUUUUCGGUUCUGAAAAUGUCCACUGUGAGUCUGUUCCUGUUCAAGUGUUUGCUACCAUCGAGACAUUCAUGAUAAGUCAACAGGCCAAACAAAGAAAUGGAUCAAAUGUUUGUAUUGAUGUCGAUUGCGAUUUCAUUUGUACUUCUGGAUCAAAAGGACCGAUGUGUGUUUGCGGAGAUGGAUCUCAAGUCGAGCCAGGCAAUAUUUGUGAUGAUGCUGGUCAUAGAAAAUUGCCUGUUUUUAAAGACUUGGACUACAAAAAAAAUAUGAUUUCAAUCUAUAUUUCUAUAUUUUUAAUUGUAAUGUUGUUAUUAGCGAUGUUAUAUUAUUUUCUAUUCUAUUCCAAAAAUAAAUCUUUGAAUCAGCUUGCAUCUAGAUUAUUUCAUCGGCCAUUAACAACUGUCAUCCAAGUAAUUGACCAGAAAGAAGAUGAAAUAAAUUCAAGAUAUAAUGUUUAUGAGAAUCCUAUGAACGAAGAUGGGUUAAUUAAAGACCAUGCUUGUGGUAGUGAAAUUGUCUUGAACUAUGAUAGUGCACGUUACGUUAAUGCUAACUGCUCAGAACCUCCACACAACUCGUUUUCAGAGUACGACGAGAACGAGAAAAAAAAACUUAUUAUGGUUUUAUAA